UAAUGCAAUAUCAUUUAGGGGUAGACGAGAAAGAGAUUGAGCCUCCCUACUAAUCUAACUCGGACAUCCGAGCCAAUUAUAUUUCGCAGACGCUCACCUAUCUAGGCACCAAGGAGGACUGCAUAACCGGAGCCGACACACAAGGGUCUCAGCCUGAUUCCACGGAUUUUACACACACCUCCCACAUCAGCCUCAGCCGUCGCAGUUGGAUAUCAGAUAAAAUCCGGGUCAUCGCAGGACAGACCAAAGACGUCGACGGAUUCCAAGAUGGGUAUCUACGGCGUUGGAAUCGAAGAUCCUUCCGACAUCGGCAGCGAAACGGAAGUGGCCAAGCAGGAGGAAGAAGCCCUUUCGUGCCGAAAUCUAGGAUUUCGCCAAACCGAAGGGGGAGAGAGUCUGUGGUGACCCAGAGGAACUACCACAGACGGCCCUAUCCAGGGCCUCAUUACCGCCCCUCUCUCACCUAUCCCCCCAGGGUUCUGCCCAUGGAGGGCGUCCGCAUCCACCGGGAGUAGGGGAAGGAAGAUGUAUCCGGAAAAGGCGGAGAGAGGGGGCUAUUCGUUUUCCUAACCGGAAGGUGGCUGGACGGUGGAACAGAAAAGAAAAAAGGCGGAUUACCAAGGAAGAGGACAGAGAGGAAGAACGGAGGAAGUCACCCGGACGGGACCAGCCGAGGACACUGGACCACCUCGGGCAAGAUCUUUGAACACCGGACCCGGAUGACGUGAACUUCAAGUGGGAACGAGUUAAAUAAAUUUGUGCUGUUGGGGCCAAAAAACCAACAUGUUGGGGAGAGCGAUUGUUUUUAUUUGGUGCAUAGUUCUUGUGAGAUCAGACGGCUGUCCUGAGUACUGUGCUUGCUCCGACAACGAAAGAUCUGCAGACUGCAACAUUUACGCGUUGUCGAACGUUAAAAGGCCCGUCGACUUGGACGAGGUCAAAUUUGUCUCAAGCCAACCAUUAGUUUUAACAUCGACGAUAUUCAAGCAUUUUCGCUCGGUGAAAGUGCUGAAUCUGAGUUACAUGAAAAUCAGGACAGUUCCCACAGAUUCUUUCCACGGGAUGAAGUACCUGACAGAAAUCGACUUGUCUUACAACAGAAUCAAGAGGGUCAACGGCUCGAGUUACAAAAACUUGAAAUCUCUUAAGACCUUGAGGUUGCGUGGCAAUCCCUUGCAGUUGACCCUGUCCGAUGUUAUUGUUUCAAAAAGUCUGGAAGAACUGGACUUGGGCCAGUGUAGCCUUACCGAUCUGAAACCUGGAGUUUUUAAACAAGUACCUUCACUGACCGAUCUCUCGCUGGAUGGUAAUUUGUUAACGACGUUGGAAAACUCGCUAUUUCCAAAAGGCUUGAGAUUUUUGAAUUUGGCGAGAAACAAAAUUUCUAUAGUGCCAACUAAAGUUCUGGUUUCAUUACAUAAUUUGGCUGAAGUUGACGUGAGUGAAAAUCCCAUAAACUGUACUUGCAGUUUACUUUUAAUGGAUGAUUUAUUUGCCGGAGAAGGAAAACUGCUGUUGCACAAUGCUACAUGUUUCAGCCCGCCUAGAUAUGAAGGAAAACGGUUGCACGAACUGUAUGAAAACAACGUUUGCAGGAGUGAGCUUAUGCCCGAUACUAACACCAACAGCAUUCUAAGGUCAACCAAGGACCGCUCUUGGCAGUCCUUAAUGCAAGGAGGAGAUUUUGCAGACUUUCAAGCUGAUCAGCCUCCCCGCGAAAGUGACAGUGGAGAAACCCAGAGCAACGAGUCGCAAAAUAAUAAAAUUCAGGGAGGUCACUUGGGUCUACAUGACCCCGAUAAAACUGAAAAUGAUGACUAUGAUGAAGGUACGUAUACAACGGCCCACGAUUACGACGGUCACGAACAAUGGACAGGUUCAGAUGAGGGCGAGGGUUCCGGUGAGGGAUAUUAUAAUCCCAAAUUCCCACAUUUUGAAGAAACAGAAGAUCAAGCGUCAUCCACAAAAAAAUAUCUGGACUUCACGGAGGGAUGGGAAAUAAGGGUCGAAUCAUCGACGGAACCGUCGCCUUCAGUAAACAUUGAAACUUCUUCGACGGAACCGACAUCUUCAGUAAGCGUUGAAACUUCUUCGACGGGUUCGACAUCAUUAGCCGAAGAAAUAUCUCCAUCGACAGAAGAGACUACGUCAGCUGCCGUUGAAAUGUCUUCUUCUACCGAAACUAUAUCGUCAUCAUCAAUUGACACUUCUUCUUCGGCGGAAACGUCAUCAGUAGCCGUUGAAAUGACCUCAUCGACUGAGGAGACAUCAUCAGCGACCGCCGAAACUUAUUCUUCAACGGAAACAUCAACAUUAGCAGCCGUCGAAAUGUCUUCAUCGACCGAAGAGACAUCAUCAGCUACCGUCGAAAUUUCUUCUUCUCCGGAAGCGUCGACAUUAGGUUCAGUCCAAACCUCUUCUUCGACGGAACAAGCAUCAUCACCAGCCGUUGAAACGUCUUCUUCGACCGAACAAACUUCAUCAAGCGACGUCGAAAUGUCAUCGACGACGGAAGAGACUUCUUCAGCAGGCGUCGUACAGGUCGAAACACAAGGUACGACGCCGACAGAUUCGAAUUAUUUCAGCCAGUGGGAUUCCGACGAGACUACAGAAGCUUCUACAGAAGCUGUGCUUGUCGUAGAACCGGAGUUCAAAAAAACAGUAGAACUGCCGAAUGAAAAUGAAGUGUUCAUCGAGACGAAAGAAGGAUUCAGCAAAGAGGAGAAGAGAGAAGACAAAGGUUUAGAAAUGUACGCUAUUUAUGCCAUAACAGCACUGAUCGUCGCCGUCAUCCUACUUCUCGUCCUAGUCUCCGUGUGCAGAAGGAAGAGGGGUAAAAGCUAUAAAGUGAGCUUGCCGGCCGACCCGGAGGCCAAUUCGGCGACAGAAAUGCAAGACAUGCUCCUCCCCAAGCCCCCAGAAAACGGGAUCAAAGUCGUCCCUAAAAACUAUUCGAAUGGAAACACCGCCAACGGAAAAUCGGAACAGAAAGAGGAAGAAAGGCCGGUCUUGGCGGAACCGGAGCACGAUCCCGAAAACGACUGGGAAGACAAGGUGGGACCGAUCGAAGCCGUGACUGCCAGGAUGUGCGUCCUCGCCAGGCCACAGACACCGAUUUAUAUCCACAAGUCCCUCAACUAGUCGUCCUAGUGCCAUCCUUAACGGACAAUAAAUACUUAAUUUAUUUUUCAAACAAUAAAAGGAAUAUUUAUAAGCUUAGUCCUUCAUGGUACGAUAUACGUAUCAUGUUAAAUGUCUUCUUAUAAUUAGUAGUAAUUAUCCGGUUGGACUGGAUUUCGCAAGAAAAAAAAUCUAUUAUAAAAUUCAUCAUAGGGAAAUAUUGUCUGCUUCUAUAUUUUUGUAACAUAAAAAUUUAGUCUUAUUUUCUGUAAAUUUGUUAAUAAUUUGCGUUAUUGUUACCAAAUUUUUUUCUUUGCAUUUUUUUUAGUAAUAAAUUAUUGUUGAUUUCCAUAUUUUAUUUGAUUACCAUUUCCUCAAAUUGAGGAAAUAUCUUUGCAAUGUUUUUGACAUUGUAAAUUAUGACAUCUAUAAUAUAUAAGUUUUGUUUAUCUUUAUUCGAUAUUUUACAUCUAAAUUUGUAUAAAUGACACUUUUCUAUAUAUAUAGUAUGUUGUUUGGAAAUAAUGUUAGUGUAUUUUUUUCUCCUUACGUUAAUAGUUGAAUAUUUGAGGAAAAAUAAUUAUCUUUUAACUAUCAUUUAAAGUUAUUGAGUUUACAUUUUAGUUUAAUGUUAAUGUUAUGAAAUGUAUAAAUUAUUAUUAAAGAGAUGAAAACAUUAAAAAAGUAGCUUGUCAGAUCAAGCUAGAACAGAAUAUUGUGAUAAUACUUGAGACUUAUAAUACAUAUGAAUACUCCUAUGUAUGUUAAUAAAAAUAAUUCUCUCAGUUUUUACAA